GAGGAAAUAAAGAGGGGAAAUGAGAAGGGAAUGAAGGAACCCAGAAAAAGGAUCAUGUUUCCAGCGUCUUUUGAACUUUGUUAUUUGCUGUAUCUGUAAUGAGGAACAAUGGAGUGGAAAUGGAUGGUAGGAAAAUGAUUUGUCCAGAUGGAAUACAAAAGUUUUGGAUGUACGUUUUCUAAGAGCUUGUGUUAGGGCACAAAGCCCACUUCAUAUUGUACUGUGGAACACAUCCUUUCACUCACACCUAUCGCUUUCUUAAAAUGUGACAUCAUGUUAUAUAACAGGUGAAAGUGAUGCCAUAAAAACAUCCUGCCUCGAGAUACAAAAAAUGCUGCAGGGAAUCACUUCUGAAUUUAACAAAUGUUUGUGUUGAAGCCACUGAAGCAGAUCACAUUGCCCAUUAAACUCAGAAGGGUGUGCUGCUAGGUUGCUUUCAAGAGACACUCCCGUUAUGGGAGUCAUUGUGAGUCAAGAAUACCUUUGUCCUAAAAUGCCUUCCAAGCAUAACUCACUCUAAAAUCACGAUGUAUAUGAUCAAGUUACACUAUCCUCAUUUGAUAUUCAACAAGUUACUCCAUACCAUCUGACAUAACAAGACACACCAGAUGAAUCUAUGAAUCUAUCACUGCAACUGUGCAUGAGGUAAUUCUGGGGAAUGAUGGUUGAUAGACUGGAAACUUCAAGAAUACCUACUCUACACCAUGAAGUGAGCCCUACACAGCCAUAGCCAAUGGCUCUCAGAGAGGUGUUUAAAUCUUUGCUGGAGGAGUGGACAGAGGAGAUUGACAUAUGAGGGAGAAAGACACAGGUUAAGAACAGCCACUCAUGGUAUGGGGAGAGGCUGUCAAUGGGUCACAGCAGGGUUGUACUGGGACAGGAAGCACUUAUCAGCCAGUCAGUCAGCUUCCUGCUCCACUGCUGUGGCUGGCAGAUCAGGCCAGACCGGUCGGAGCAGAGCAGUCUCAGGAGUCAGAGGAGGAGAGCCCUUUCAUAGCCAGAUAAUGGGCACGGUGAAGACAAAAAUGUUAUACUGGGGAACGCCUUGAACGCAUCCCAAUACGCAGAGGUUGUAAAUCACACAUUUGGAAUGAUAGCUUCUGAAUGGCUCUGGUUAACAGUUGCGUACAUGCUUUGGAGAUGCUGUGUGGGAUGUCCUAGAGACCACAGAGUCCUGGAGCCCUCCAGCUCUGACGGACUGACAGGACCUGUCAGCAGCAGAGCUCUCUGAACCAGAAAUCAAAAUGAAGAAAAGAGGAGGGCUUUGGUUAGGAGGGGGAGGGGAAAGAUGAGAGAUUUUUCACUCAAAGGUGAGACUAUCUGCCACAUACAAGGGUAUGAAGUCUGACAGCUGAGACGAACUAAACCGCAAACUGAAAAUGAAUAUAUCUGAUGGAUCUAGACCCUGUCUUUCCCUGAGAUCCAAGGCAAAGAACAGCUUGAUGUUUUACUGGAUAUCUCUCAUUUGAACACAUUCAGAAUUUACUGAUGGAACCUUUGACAGCCGCCACUGAUGACAGAACACCAGUGUAAAUGUUUUCAUGAAGUGGCCUAUGGCUGUGUGGUCUACAUGCAACUGGUAGGUGGGUGGUGGAACUUCCCCUGAGGUCAAUAGAGAAGACUUGCCUGGGGCAUCCAGCCAGCCAACCAGCCAGAGAAACUUAUCAUUCAACCAAACGGACUGGAAGUCAGUCGGACAGACAGAAAGACAGACAAACAGACAUCUGGACAGACAGACUUCUUAAGCUCCAGCCAUGUCUAACUCCCAUGAGCAGAGUUUGAACGAGAAUGUGGUGUUCCUGCCUAUGUCUGAGUCCAGCCCGGAGUUUCUCCACUGUGAGCGGGAGCGAUACGCCCUGGAGACCCUGCUGAGCUUGGGGCCUGGAGCCUUCAACACCAGGCUGGGCCAGGAGAGUCUGGCCCCCUUCCUCUCCCCAGAGGAGGUUAAUCAGAUCAGCGGAUGGGCCAAGAACUACCACAUCAGCCAGCUACAGCUGGAGAACGGGGAGGAGGAGGAGGAUGAGGAGGAUGAGGAGGAGGGCUCGGGGCUCCAGGGCUUCUCUGGCCGCUACUUCCCCACCUGCUCUGACACCCCGGCCCCCUCUCUGGUGUUGGGCUGGCCUGAGAGGAUGUCCUGGGUGGGAGUGGAUAGUGCCACGGUCUACACCAACCCCCCGGCCGAGGGCCAGCCCAACAUCAGGGAAGUCAUCAGGAGGCUGCUGCAAGGAGCCACCAAGGUGAUUGCCAUAGUGACAGACAGACUGUCAGACAAUGCUGUGAUUGGUGACCUGCACUGCCAGGCCUCUCGGGGAGUUCCUGUUUACCUCAUCCUGAACCAGAGGUCCAUCCAGGAGAACUUCACAUCCCACAGGCUGGCACAUCCCAACAUCCAGGUGCGCGUCCUGGGAGGAAAGACCUACUGCACCCGGGAGGGGAAGAUGGUGGUGGGGGAGAUGAAAAACAACUUCCUCCUGGUGGAUCUGGAGACGGUGGUACAAGGAAGCUAUAGUAUGACCUGGAGUGACGCCCACCUGCAUCGUCAGCUGGUGACGGUUCUGAGUGGUCAAGUGGUUGAGUCCUUUGACCAGGAGUUCCGGAUCCUCUUCGCUGCCUCUCUCCCCAUCCCGGACAGCUGGAAGGUUGCCAAGCACCCCAUGGACGUUACAUUCCACUCAGAGAAGUCUGAUCUGGGCCAGUCAAGGCACCUUCCCAUGGAGCCCCUCUCAACCCCCGAACCCAGCCUGCCCCCAAACUCCCCACUGGACUGGGAGGCCAUGGGGGUCAUUCAGAGACACAUGCCCGAAUCACGUGUCAAUCUGCAUGGUCCGUCCAUGACCCCAGAGGAACCACUGCUGUUCAGUCCACAUGAGAGAAAGACUUUGUUAAUGAAAGAGUCUAAUCGCCAGGAAACAACAUUUCUGGAGGAGGAAAGAACAUGUCUCAAUCCCAACUUUGUGAAGAGGAAUCAACAAGACAAUCUGCUAAGUUUAAAAAACACCAGGCGCUCUGAGACAGACUUUCAGACCUUCACUGAGAAGGAGUUCCAACACAGGGUGCAGACAGACACAAGCUACUCCAGACUACGCUCCUGGCAGAGGAGCUGUGAGUCCGGGGAAGAGCGGCUAAUUCAGCCACGUCACGACAACACAGACGAGAGCUCCAGACGAGAGACCCCGGUCCUCUCCCAUCAGAGAUGGCAUCAACCAAACAGGAGGCAGGACAUUUUGGAGGAGGAGUCAAAAACAGCUCAAGGCCAAUCAGAAUCGAGCUCAUGGACGCACAGUCCAUCCUCGACUAAGAAGCCUCUGAUACUGAGGGUGCCUGAGCGUGAAAGCUUCAGCUCCCUGAGUGACAUCAUGAGAAGACUGCAGCCUCGACAGAGCUCCUCAGGGCUCAUGACCAGGGUGUCUAAGAGCACGGUGUCAGAGCUCAGCCGCUCCAUGAUGGAUCUGAGAUCGGAGAACACUGACACAAGUCUACAGAGGGACCCCACAGCACCAACAUUACAAGCCAAUUACUUUGAUCCUUUCCGAGUGACCCCAGCCCUCGCCCUGAUGAAGAAGAGGAACGAUGACCUCAAAGCUGUGAUGCUUCGACAACCCAAGACGUUCCUGCCCCCCUCUAGACCUCGGAGCAGCAGCUUUGGACUGCAGAUGGACUGGAGAAGGCCACAAACUGACAGGGAGAGAGGGAGGGAGGAGACUAAGUGACACCAGGACCUUAACCCUCCUAGACAUGGAGUCAGUGGAGAGAAUGUGGCAGACCACGGCAGCUGGAGAAGAGGCUCCACAGAACACAGGGUCCCAUCUGCUGGAUGUGCUUCUACUGUACUGUUCUCACUGCGUCUUGUAUUGCAGAGUAAUAAAAGGUUUCUACUACCUCUGUUGAAGUUUACCAUAUAUUACCUCAACAAUUUCACUGUUCCAGGUUACAACGGUUUUAAAAGAACUUGGAGCAAAGUGCUAAUGUUAUAAAAAAACAAACAUAAAGUCUGUUUUAUGUGUGAGUGAAAAUUCUUAAAAGGUUUUUUAAAAGAUAAGAACAUAUCUACUGAUCAGUCACAUGUGUGUUAUACAUCUCUGGUGAAGUAUUUAGAGUGUGAUUUGUUGUGACAAAGGGCUUUCCAAUCUCAUUAAAUUACAUUUAUAUUUUC